UUUGGUUAACUUCCUAAUUUUAAGCUAAUUUUAACACCGUUUCAACAAGACCGGUAGCCGUUACGACGUUGCCGGUAUGGGCGUCAGGUAGCUGGAGUGUACGAUGUAUACAACGGAGUUCUUGUGUAAACGAAAUUGUUUACAAGAGUCCAAUGGCACAAAAGCCAAUUUUGACUGUCCUGGCACCUUCAUUUCGGCUGAGUUUAGUUAACUUGAUGUGAACAGCCCACGUACCGCUAAGCUAGGAACAACAAAUUUCGAUAGCUGAUGUUUAUUUCCCCGAACUUUUCUGAAAGAACUUGCAAUUCUGAGCUUGGAAGAUCAGUUUCAUUAACACCUUAAGCAUUAUCUUCUCGGGGGUGUUUUGUGCAGCUGUUGCAAUGUCAUUUGGUUCUUGAGUGUCUUCAGCAAUGUGGUACAUUAUGCAGAGUAUUCAGAGUAAAUACUCGCUUUCAGAGCGUUUAAUUCGGACAAUUGCAGCUAUACGGUCAUUUCCCCACGAUAAUGUUGAGGAGCUUAUCAGACGGGGUGCAGAUGUUAACUGUUUGCAUGGUACACUGAAGCCAUUACACUGUGCUUGUAUGGUAGCUGAUGCAGAUUGUGUGGAGCUUUUGCUGGAAAAAGGAGCUCAGGUAAAUGCCCUUGAUGGAUACAACAGAACAGCAUUGCAUUAUGCGGCAGAAAAGGAUGAAGCCUGUGUUGAGAUCCUUUUGGAAUAUGGAGCCAAUCCAAAUGCACUUGAUGGUAAUAAAGACACCCCGCUUCACUGGGCUGCUUUCAAAAACAAUUUUGAGUGUGUCCGGACCCUGCUUGAAAAUGGUGCAAGUGCCAAUGCAGUCGAUUACAAUAAUGACACACCCUUGAGCUGGGCAGCAAUGAAAGGAAAUCUGGAAAGUGUACGCAUUCUGUUAGAGCAUGGUGCUGAAGUUCGUGUCACCAAUUUGAAGGGCCAGACACCAAUUUCCCGGUUGGUUGCUUUGUUAGUGAGAGGACUAGGAACAGAGAAAGAAGAAUCAUGCUUGGAGUUACUUCACAGAGCUGCAGGCCACUUUGAAUUAAGGAAAAAUGGUAUCAUGCCCCGUGAAGUUGCUAGAGAUCAACAAUUAUGUGCAAAGCUAACAUUGAUGUGCUCGUCUCCUGGAACCUUGAAGUCACUGUCUCGUUAUUCAGUGCGUCACAGCCUUGGUGUCCAGUACCUGCCAGAUGCUGUUAAGGAACUUCCACUGCCAGAAUCUGUUAAAAACUAUCUUCUACUUUUAGAGUAGUGUUGAAAACUCACCUGCAUGAGCUACAUUGUGGUGCAACAUAUCAGGGUUUUUUUUUUGUUUGCACUCUGUUACAUUAUCAAGAUUUUUGCAUUCAUGUGUUUUGCAUACAGAUUGCAGCAUUUUUCCUAAAGCUGUGUGAAUCACGUUUAAAUAUGCAGGGACAGAUGGAAUAACAUUCGCAGAGGUAUACAAGUUAACUGAAGCACAGUAAGUGGAUAGUUGAGGUAAAUUAGCUUAGCAAAGCUUCCCACUUGAAGGACGGUUCACCUUCUUAGAAGUUUUAAGAAUGUUUUAAUUUGGCUAGCUCAGUACUUUAGGAGAAUGACACUUCCCUGCAGCUAUAUUGGUGACUGAAGUUUAGCUAUGUUGUAUCAGGACGUGUAAGGACAAGUCAGGUAUGAAGGUUAAAUCACCAAGGAUGGCUUUCUUUGUCUAGAGGCAGAGGCUUUGAAGAUUAAGUUACAUGCCAUUCAACAGCAGUAGGACAAGGUAUGAGUGGCAUUUUUUCACAUUUCUUUUAUGCCAUAUUCAGUUCUACUGGGAUGGAGGUGGCAGAAAAUAGCUGUCCAUUUGACACGCCUAAGAUGUACUGAAUUGAGGGCAGGUGCCCGACCGAUUUCUGCAUAAGUAUUUGUGAGCAUACACAUCUAUACGAUAAAUCAGUGAUAGUGUGUGUUUUUUUAUUGUGCUUUCUGCUGAGUCCUUAACCUUUCUUGACACAGGCCUGCAGUCUCACACCAGUUAGUCUGCUUUUACACAAUGUAUGGUUCCUGUUUCUAUUACUUUGCAUUUGGCAGAAGGAAACAUUUAGCCUAUGUAGUCUGCACUUUCAUUCCUCCCUUUCCCAUCUCUAUUGUGCUGUUUCAAAUGCCUCCAUGGUUUCCCAUUCCACCACCCAUUCUUUUAGUUCAUUUCACAGGUCUGCAGUCUUCUGCAUGAAGAAGUACUUUUAAAUCUGGGAAUAAUUAGUCCCUACCGUCUACUGCCUCUGCCCACUCACUUGUUGCUGUCCUUGUUCAGAUGGACCGCUUCACAUUUUCCCAGCAUGUGUGACUUUGUGUUCUUUGUACUAUUUCCAUCUUGUACUUUUUUUUUGGUCUUUAUUGAGACCUUAGCAGGUGUGUUAGUUAGCAUUAAAAUUUUGCCAUAGUUUUUCCUGAGCUGUUUACCUAUGUGAUACCAUCUUGAGUGAGAGAGCUGCUGGAAACUGGGUAGUGGGAACAGUAGGUAGUCAUAUGUUUAAAUAGCUACAAUAUUUCCUCUUGUACAGAGUUUCAAAUCUGUGUGUGCAGCAUGCAUUUGCCAAAGGACAACUUGGGUUCAUUAAUUAUUUGAAGGGUGUCUCUGUUUUAAACAGUCUGCUGAGUGUAGAGACUACCCCACUCCCUGAGAUGGGAUAAUAGGCCUCUCAUUUAUCUUCUAUGUUUCCUUGUGAGUUUGCUUUCAGAUCCAGUUCACCAGCGUAAUAAUUGGGAAGUGGAUAUCUACACCAGUAAAUCAGUAUUUUAAUAUUUAUUCCAGCUUCAGAAAAGCACAUUGUAAAGAAAUGUGUUUAUGGGUGCAAUUUUCCUUUCCUGUUUUUCAACACCUUUAUUAAAUUAUCACUUGAGAUAGACACUUAUAAAUUAAUA